GUGCUUCGUUGGUUGAACUCUGCAGUCUUACAUUGGGGGUGGGGGGGGGGCUUGGAGUUUUUCCGUAAUGGGGAUUGAAUGUGGGUGGAUGGAAAAGAGGGAAGAUUUUAUACAGCGAAGCUCUCAAUUCUGUGGAGGCUGUCCAGCCUGCUGGGCCUUUUUUAUUGUCUUGAUCGGUUUCUGUUUCCCAUAGGAGAAUGCCGAGUGACGUUCCCCCCGACAGAUCCUAGACAAGAUGAAACAACUAUCAAGUGUAAGUUGCUCCUGCCUUCCACCUACCGGUAUUCCACCAUCCUCACAGUUGCAUAUACAAGUAUCCUUGAGGGAUGGAGAUGGAGAAAGCUGGAGGUGCGCCAUCUCUUUCUUCCUGUCCUACGAUGGUUCUUUCCUACGGCACCGAUGAAAUUGCUAGUUUAG